AAUGAUGUUAAUAUGUUAUGUUUGUACCGCCAAUUAAUGAUUAUUCGUACUGGAAACCUUGAGCGCUUGGACUGCAACGAAAAAAACUAUUUUCUUUUUACUUUUUAGUUUUUGAAAUGAUAUUUUAAUAAUUUAUUCAAUAUACUACCUAAGUAUGUUCUGUAUAUUACGUUCCUAAUGAAACUUUCUACAAUAUCGUUCUCACAAUAGGUAUUUUUUGACUUAAACAUUAUAAAAACUUACGUACACCCAACAAUACAAUACGUUGUAAAGACUGACAACUGUUACUCCGAGAAUUUGUGACAAUAACAAAAUAUUGUAGGUACGUAACCAUUCGCAAUAUAAUAUUAGUAUAUUCUCGUAGGGUUAAUCGAUUUUGAUAAACAACAAUUUUGUUUUUAAGUGUUUGAAUGUUUUACGUUUAUACUAAAAUCUGCUUUUCCUAAAUUGGCAGCUUUUAUUAUUUUACUAUUUAUAGAUAUAUAUCUAACCUAUUAAAAUCAUUGUUGGUACCUACCUACCAAUGUUUCCGGGUUAUCUAAAAUACAUGGUGCCCUUCCAAACUAAGAUUUUAAAUAAAAAACAUUUUUUGAACAAAUCAUCGAACCUUUCUUGCAUAUUAUAGCCAACAUUUUAAAUAGACAUGAAAAAGUUUAAAGGGCUGAUGAAUUAUAAUAUACUAUGCUAUUAUCACCAACAGUAUUAGCCUGCCAAGAGCAGCCAGCCGGCCCAAAUUUUAAAACUAAACAUUUUAUACAUUAAUGAUUAUUUUGAGUUAUUAAACAUGUUCACCUAGCUAUGAUAUUUUAACGGUGUAUAAAAUUAGUUACCAUGUUUUCUUGAUUUGAAUUAUUUUAAAUGAGCAAACUAAAAUAUUAUGUUACUCGUUUUAAAUGUAAAAUAAUACAUUUCAACAUAAAAUAUGUAUGGGUAAGUAGUUAUUAGUAUAAUUAUUCUUUUAAGUAAAGUUUAAGUACCACGUUUUUUGAUUCCUAUAUAUUAUUUGUUAAAAACUGGUUGUGAAGUACAUAUGUUUAUGCCACAAUUUAUUUACCUAAAAAUUAUAACAACGUUUGUUUGAAAGUGAUUUACUUUAAUAAGUAAUUAUGUUAAUUAAUCUAAUAUAUUAUAAGUACCUAUAGAUACCUAAAAAAAUAGGUUAGACAAGUGAUAAAUACUAUACAUAUAUGUAAUUCUAAUAUACAGCCGAGUAAAUUCUAAUCUAUAACAUAUUUUUGGGGUUUUCUAAUAAAAAAAAAAAAAUUAAAUAUUAAAUGAUUAUUCAUCAAUUUUUAUAAGUUAAUUGAUUUAUUUAAAUUUGAUUUUUUUUUUCAGGUUAGCAAAAUGUGUGAUCCAAAUAAGUGGAUAGUCAUGAAAACAUACACCAUCAAACAAGAAAAAGAUAUUUUAAAAUUAUUAGAAAAUAAUAAAAAUAUUAAAAAUGCGAAUAAUGCUUUUGAAAUAGUAUUUAAAUAUAUGCAAAAUAAAUCUAUAAAACAAGUAUCAAAUGGACUUGGUAUGGAUAUUGUGAAGUUUAAAUCUGACAUGGUUCGACUUAAAAUAAAAAGAGUUAAUGCUUCAAUACAAAUGGCCAAAGAGAAAAGCCAAAAUUACGAUAUAAUAUUUGUUAACGUGAAAAAUAAAGAUGGAGAUUAUUUUAGCACGCUGGUAAAUAAUUCAAAUCCAAAUGAUAAAAUAUUAAUUAUUAAUGGACAUUUAUUUGAAUUCAAUUUACCUGGUAACCAUGAGAAAUCAUCUAAUAUUUCAGUUCAAUCAGAGACAAACUCAAAGGUUAUUCAUUUUAAAUUUAGCGACUUGUCUUUCGAAAAGACAAAACCUCUAUAUCAAAAUAAUCUUUCAAAACUUGCUGACCCUGGUGUUUAUUCAUUAUUUGGCAAUGUAUCAAAAACCUUAAAAUAUAAUGAUGAAGACUUGAUGUUACUAAGAAUACAGUGUUGUGAUAAAUCCUGUAUUGAAACUCACAAAUAUCCUCAUUAUGUUUAUAAUUUCAAGGAUAUUUCAAAGGAAGAAAAAAGAUUGGGAAUAAAAUCUGAUUUGAAUUCAAACCAAGUUGAUAUUUUAGUUGAAUCGCCAAGUUCUAAUUUUUUGUCAUUGCAUCUUGGUCAACGAAUAUUUUUAAACAAUAUAAGGAUGGAAUUUUCCACUGAUUUAAACAUGUUUUAUUUACAUAUUUCAGGAGCAAUGAAAAAUAUAGAAGCUUCUCCAACAGGAACCGGUAUUGUAAAUUCUCUUGUGCCCCAUAGAAGACAUUAUAAAAUACCAAAUGAACUGAGACCUGCUACUCAGUGUAAAACAAAUCAAGUGUCUGACAAUGAUGAAUCUAAUAAAUUUAAUAAAUUUCAGAAAUUGGAUGGAAAUUAUCAACUACACAGACUGUCAGAUUUAUCUUCGGAUGAUAAUGAUAAUAAUUUAUCAACAUCAACAAAAGUUUGUGAUAAUAAUAUCAAUAGGAAAACUUCAAUCGACAUGCAGUGUCCCACACAUAUCAAGAAUAAAAAAACAAUUUCCAAUUCACCAAAUUGUAAUGAAAUCCAAAAUUGUCCAAUGGUUUUGCCAAAUAGUUUAUCUGAUGAAAAUAUUGAACCAAAACAAAUGGAAAUAAUUCUAGAAGAAACAAAAUUACAGGAUUUACGUACUGAUAGCUCAAUUAGCUCGUGUUCACCUCCAUUUUUUACACCAGAUCAUCCUGAUCCUGAUAAACCCAUUAUAAAAAUUGUAGAUAACGUAGUUGAAUUUAAAUCUAAACCACAAUCUACGAAAUGCUUGGGUUUCUGUAGACUUAUUUACAUUGAACCUAAUAUCCUAAUUAAUAACCAUUAUACUGAAAAUCAAGAUUUCAUAAGUGGAUACUGUACAAAAUGUUUAAGAUUUUUUCCUGAAUCUUCAUUGGUUAAAUCGAAAUCACAUGAAAUAUACUAUUGUCCUAUGUGUGAAGACAUUAGUCAUCUUACUUUUUUUUUCAAAAUGACUUUUUUGUAUGGACAAAAUGACAGAUUUGCUAUGGAAGUAUCUUGCUACAAUAACGAUGCUGAACGUGUAAUCAAGAAACUAACCAAGAAAAAAAUAAAAGUUGAAAAUUAUUCAGCAAACCGUAAAUGUAUAAUGGAUACUUUACAAUCAUUCAUAACAAAGAAAACUAGAGUAAAUAUAAUUGUUGAAGAAUCACCAAUGGAUAAUGUUCACAUACUUAGAGAUAUUGAUACAAAAUUUGUUGUUUCAUCUCCAUUACAUUAAAUAUUAUUUU